GGUUGAGUGAUCACUCUUGAUCAAGAAAGACUUGCGAGAGGAUAACUUAAGGAUAACUUAAGGACAAGAAAAGGUUCUGGGAAAGAAAAUCCCUCAACUACUUUGGACAUUUCCCUCAUUUUUUUUCCUGCAGCAAGAAGCAAGAAAGAAAACUAAACUGCAAGCAUGCCUGUGGCGAGGAUGAGGAUGAGGCAGUGGCUGGAGAAGAUGAUCGAGUCCGAGAGCAUCGACGGGCUGCGCUGGGUGGAGAAGGAUAAGAAAAUCUUCUCGAUUCCCUGGAAACAUGCAGCCAGACACGGCUGGGAGAUGGAUAAAGAUGCAUCCCUGUUCAAAGAAUGGGCUAUCCACACUGGAAAAUAUGUCCAGGGUCAGGCGACUGAUCCCAAGACUUGGAAAGCAAACUUUCGGUGCGCAAUGAACUCCCUGCCUGACAUCGAGGAGGUGAAAGACAAGAGCAUCAACAAAGGCCACCAAGCUAUGCGGGUCUUCAGAAUGCUCCCCAUUUCUCCCAAAUGCAAAGCCAAAAGGAGCAAAAGUGAGGCAAAGCACAAAAACAAGAAAACAUCUGUCAAGAUGGAGGAAGACAGCGACUACAGCGACACACAGUCUCCUGUCAGCACAUCGACGCAGGAGUCCAAGUUCUGCACGCAGGAGAACACAAUCGACAGCACCGCAGAGAUCGAGCAAACAGAAUUCCCUUAUGUUGGGCUGUCUGAAGUACCAGAUUGGUCUUUGUCAGUUGAGAUUGGGUCAGACCCGUUUUCAGCGUUUUCCCACAGAUUCGAGGUUUCCCCCGAACACAGCCCCAACUACGACUGCUCCCAAGAUAUUAUUGAGCUUUGCAAGCAACUCGAGAAAGAGAACAAUGGGUUCCUGAGCAAUGAAGCAUGCACCAGUCCAGGAAGCCUGUGGAGUGAAUCUUCCUCAGUCGAUGAACUAGAAGACACGUCGUUCUACACGCCCCAGUACACGACUUUGGGACCAGAGUUUUCCUGUCAGACGGACAACUUGUGGAAAAAUUAUUAUCAGUACCCUGCCUGCCUCUGAGGUCUCCAGGAGAGGAGUGGACAGGACGCUUCUUAGACACAAUGGACUUUUAAGAGCUUUUUCUGAUCCACCUCACUUUCCCAUUUGAGCGCAAGCCCCCCCCACCCCCCCAGGCUUCCCUCAGGUGUCCACACAGUAAGCUAAAUCACCGCCCAGCCUAGCCCAUGGACUUCUAUUUGUUUGGUAGCAGUUAAAGAGAGUGUGAUCAUCUCUCCGGCCCCCCUAAUGUGAAGAAUGAAGACAUUGUUGACUGGAUCAGAGCAGAGUUGCUGUUCCCUUGUAGCGUAGGUACAUAACUCAACCCACUGGUAGUUAGAAAUAUACACCCUCUGCUAAUGGAAAUAGACUAACUCUCAGUGCAUGUGGUAUGCUUCUUAAUUGUCACAAUCUCUUUUUAUCCGUUAUGUGCACUUAAACUUGUCUAUCUAAAAUGGGCAGAAAUGCAUUCUUACAAUACAAAAACAGCUUUCCGUGGUGCUUAGGUGUGAGCUCAAGGCAAAUGUAAAAUAUUAAUGUACAUAGUUGUUUGGUUUUUGUGUUUUUUUACAAGAAAAAUAAAAAUAUCUUGAAAAAAAA